UUUGUGGGGUCUAUCCUUACAUACCCUAGGUACACUAGUAUUAGUUACUAGGUAUCCUUGUUUGCUCUUGUCCUCCUUCAAGCUUGUUUCCCCUCUACUCCCGUACUGACUGAGACUUUUCUCCACUUACACCAACCACGCGAUCCUCUCUCCUUGACGCGACGACCAUUAUCCCGUUGUCAAUCGUGGCAAACAGAAUCUUAUAAAUCAUUUGCCAUCGUCCAAUAAACGUAUGACUUGUUUUUCUUUUAACUAGCAAUCAAUUUAUUCAAGUGUUACCUCAAUCCCGUACAAUCAGAAGCACCAUGGCGCCAUCUGAUGAAUCUCUCGAGAAGGAUCUCCGCGACGGAGUUCGCGCCAUUGUCGAUGAACGUGGGUGGGAUGAAGUGACAGUGAACAAUGUCCGGCAACACGUCGAAAAGAAGGGUGGACUCAAGAAAGGAUUCUUCAAGGAAGCAGAUUGGGAAGCGCGUAGCAAAGAUAUCAUUAAGGAAUUUGUCGCCAAAUUAUUAGCCGAAAAUGACGAACCCCCAUCGUCUCCAGCAGCAGCUAAGGCCAAGCCCGAACCUAAGAAUGGCGUCAAGCGACAAUCGAGCGAAGAGCCCUCCCCUGCUCCAAAGCGGCAGAAGAAAGCGGCCCGCGCCGCCCCUUCUAAGAAAGUCAAGUCUAAGAAGGAGGAAUCAGAGUCGGAGCUUAGUGACCUUAAAGACAUAAGCGAAUUCGAAGAGGCACCAAAGGAACCAACUACAGCAGUAUCCAAGAAGGAAGACUCGGAUUCUGAGUUGAGCGAUCUCAAGUCAUCGGAGGAUGAGUCUACGAAAGUCAAACCACAAAAUUUGGCUUCACGUCGCAAGUCUAAGAAAGAAGAGUCGGAGUCGGAGCUGAGCGACCUUAGCGAUUCAGAGCAUGCACCAAAGAAGAAGCAGAAGCAGAAGCAGAAGCAGAAGCAGAAGGGCUCGAAGAAAGCCGCGCCCGUUCGCAAAUCCAAGAUCGGGAUUAAGGAAGACGAAGCUAGUGAUAUGGAAGAUUCAUCGGCACCCAAGAAACGAAAACGCGCAGGUCCUAUUAAAAAGCGCAAUAGUAAGCCUACGAUAGCAGAGUCCGACGAAGAAGAAGAUUUGGUUCCUGAGAAGAGCGAGGCUAUGGUGAAGGAUAAUACGGACUCGAACAUCGAUGACAAUGCUGAGACAAGCAUAAAGGCUAGUGGCCUAGCCACGUCGAAAUCCGAGGAACUGGAAGAUUAUACCAAACCAAAGGAUAUAGACGACCAAGACACCAAAGCGGCAAAUGGAGACGACUCGAGCUCUGAAUUGUCGUCUGUCAUAGACGACCCACCACCCAAGAAGCGUCGAUCUAAAGAUGCUAAGGGAGCUUCCAAGGGGGCUUCCAAGGCUAAGCAGACUAAGGAGCCGUCUGGAGAUGAAGCAGAGAUCAAGAAAUUGCAAGGACAGCUACUUAAGUGCGGGAUUCGUAAAAUAUGGGGUAUUGAACUGAAGAAGUACGGCGACGACAGCAAAGCCAAGCUUAGACAUCUGAGAGGGAUACUCCGAGACAUUGGGAUCGAGGGUCGAUUCUCCGAAGCAAAGGCCAAGGAGAUAAAGGAGAAAAGAGAACUCAUGGCCGACCUGGAAGCAGUCACCGAAAUGAAUCGAAACUGGGGAAGCGGAGGUGGCAGUGGUCGUGCUUCGAGAAGCAAGGCUAAGACUGUUAAGAAACCCACAGAGGAAGAGUCCGAUGGUAAUAACGAGGAUGGAGGCGAGAAUGAGGAUGGAAUCAAGGCAAAACCACGAGUUUCGAAACGAAUGGCUGAUUUGGCCUUUCUCGGCAGCGACAGCGGAUCUGAAUAGUCUGUCGGGUACCUGGUAUCUACAGUGGAGGGUUACGUAAUGAUUCUAAUACGCCAGUACCUAGCAGGCUGUGUAUCAGUAGUUGAUGAGGUGAUGGAUAUUUUUACAAGCAUUUCUAUUUGCUAACAUUCAUCUUCUGAGCUAUAAGACUGAAGACGGCAACUGAGCCCAUGAAUAAGACGGCAUUGUAAAAAGCCCUGCGUGACACUUCUCUCUCCUCGUCAUCCGACCUUGCCUCGAUGAAGAGCCGGCGUAGAUUUGGAAGGUUCGCCAUAGAGAGUUGAGAUGCGUAGAGAGAAACAGUAGGUAGUUAUUAUUGGAGUAUACUUAGGUAUGAUAUUGGUGUACUUAGUGGUGUGUCAAGACUCAGGUUGUGUUGUUGCAGCCUGAGUGUUGAAUUGGAUAUGGAGCUUGGGCCAGGUCAAGAUGGCGGAUUCAUCAUUGAUGCUUGAGACUUCAGCUGUGG